AUGUUUUUCCUCAAGCAGCUCUCGCGUGACCUACUGCUUCAUCCGAUGCAUUUUGGGCCAAAAUUACACGAUAUUAUUCGUCUUCGUCUUAUUGAAGAGGUAGAGGGCACGUCUAUGGGUAAAUAUGGCUACGUUAUUACAGUCACGGAGGUGCGCGAUGAAGACAUUGGGAAGGGUGUGAUCCAGGACAAUUCUGGCUUUGUGUGUUUCAAUAUUCGCUAUCGUGCAAUUCUCUUUCGACCUUUUAAGAACCAAGUACUGGAUGCAGUGGUAACGGUCGUGAAUCAACUGGGAUUCUUUGCGGAUGUCGGUCCACUGCAAGUUUUUGUGUCAAGACACGCCAUGCCGACGGAUCUCAACAAUGGCUACGACCAUGAGAGUAACGCAUGGAUCUCUGAUGAUCGAGAGGUGGAAAUUCGCAAAGGAUGUGGUGUACGACUGAAGAUUAUGGGUGUCAGUGUUGAUGUCACGGAGAUCAAUGCUAUUGGAACCAUUAAGGAUGAUUAUUUAGGCCUCAUCUCAUCGGACAACUAA